AUGCUGGGUCGAAUUACCACCCAGGCCUUCAACUUUGACCAGUCUUUCCAGCCUUAUUUGGGGAACAAUUCUUUAUUCGAUUUCUAUCAAGACCCCUGUGUGAGGAAAAAUUUGAAGGUACUUGAUACCUCUGGAUUAUUGACACUGCUAGGUAGAGACAUCACAUAUGUCAAAGUUGAAGUUGUUCCCUGUUCAAAAGUGUCAGUGAAUAUAUUUGAUCCAAUUUACUCCAAUGGAAUUUUGCAGCAUGGUCACAUUGUCAAAUAUUACAAUGAAGUACACCCUGACUUUGAUGGGUUAAGGCAGAUUUUGCUUGAAGAGGACUUUGACAAUUAUCACAUAAUCAGUCCAAGUAAUUGCCAAGAGUUUUUGUUCAGACUGUUUAGCUACAUGGUCUUAGGAGGUGAGCUUUUCCAAUAUGAGGACAUCAUUGAUCCUUACAUGGAGACUGCAAAAAUAAUAUACAAAGAUUUAGUCAGUGUUAAGAAAUAUCCAGACACAAAAGAGAUCAGUGUGGUAUCCACAAUCUUGAAAGUUAAUGCUUAUCAGAAGAAAGUCAAACACAUCAAGGAUGGCUGA